AUGGAUCGUUGGGCAAAUAAAUUAGCAGUUGUAACUGGUGCUAGUGCUGGAAUUGGUGCUGCUAUUGUUAAAGAUUUAAUUAAAAAUAAUAUAAGAGUAAUUGGUUUGGCAAGACGUCCGGAAAAAAUCGAAGAAAUUCGUAAGGAACUCUCAGAUAUUCAACGGAAUCUUUUAAAUUCAAUAAAAUAUGAAACUUUUAAAAUAAUGAAAGAGAAUAAUAUAGCCGGACAUAUUAUAUUUAUAAAUAGUACACUUGGCCAUGAAGUUACUAAAGCACCAAUAUCUUUUAAUAUUUAUUCACCAACAAAAUUCAGUAUAACAGCUAUGAGCAUAAGCCCUGGUUUAGUUAAAACUGAUAUUGUACCACAAGAAAUUAUCAAUUCGAAAAUACCAGCUAUUAAUCCAGAAGACAUCGCAAAUGCAGUUUGUUUUGCUUUGAGUACGCCUCCAGAAGUACAAAUAAGUGAAUUAACUGUUGAACCUCAUCCAGCUUAUUAA